UGUCAAAAAGAUCAACCCCAUGUAUAGAUGGCAUUUACAUCGAUAUUCGUCAACCGAGACGACGCAAGAUUUAUUUUGGUUUAGAAAUUAGUCAACGAUCGUAAAGAGGGAAGGUGUGUGGACGUGCUUUUUCGCGUCAUUCAAUCAGGGCCAAACUUUUAAGUACUUGCUUAUCGGAGGUCAAGAACUGAAAGAAUGACCCGUGGAAAUCAGCGAGAGCUAGCACGUGCCAAAAAUAUGAAAAAAACUGUUAGAAAGUCAGCAGCUGAACAAGAAAGUAAUAAGGGUCUUUCAUUAGAACAGCGGAAAGCACGGGAUGCAGAACGAAUGAGAGAAAAACAACUGAAGAAACAACAAGAACAACAAGAGAAAGUUAAGCAAGGUGCAAGAUAAUCUUUUCUAUUAUAAAACAUGUAUAUUGUUUGACUGAAUUCAAAAAUAAAAUUUUAAGUAUGUUUUUACAAAUCUUGAUUAUAAAGCAUCAAAGCUAUGUUUAAUGUGAGUGCAUAAAGAAUUCAUAGUGUUUUUUAAUUAUAGCAAAUGUCUUCAAACUGUGUAAUGCAGUACACAUUACAAAAGUAGGUUCAAAUAAUCAUGUUAUAAUGUUAUAUAACAAUAAUCAUGUUUACAAAAUAUUAAUAGUGUAAAAAAUGUUAUCUCUACUCUAAUGGUUGGAAAAAAUGCACAUUUGACUGGUUCUAGAUAUAAGAGUAUUAAUUAAUUAAAUAUAAGGGUAUUUAUAGUAUAUAAUUUUUAAUUUGUAAAUUCAAGAAUUGAGUUAUUUAAUAUGAUAUAUAAGCAGCUAUUACAAACUAUAUUAUGUAAAAAAGAUAUGUAAGUACCUUUGUCAUUCUCUUUGUCUUAUAAUAAAUUGUUCAAUUUUA